AUGGCUCGACUCAGCAAAGUCUCUGUUGAUGUUCCCCUCCCAUCCUUCGACAUAGAUCCCCUCAAGACCUUUGACGAACACUGCUUUGACCGGGCCGUUGACAACAUCUUGUCCGAGGAGGCGAGCAUCGAAGAAUCCCUAGACGAGAUGAUGGAGGACGAUAUUGGUAUCUCGAGUCCAUUUAGUCAUGAUGGUGCGUCUGACUCCUCGAAGCUCAACGUUCGUCGAGGCCGAAGGACUGGAGCCACCUCGCCGCAUUUUUCUAUGUCCUCGACCUCCUCAGCUACAACCACCUCCGCAAAGAAACCGAAGCCGAGAAGGUCUUCUAGAAAUAGGAAUACUGUGACAAUAGAGGAUGUCAGUGGGCACAGUGAAGCUCUUGGGGGCCUCGAAAACGCCACAAAACCUGAGAAUGAGGAAGUCAUACGAGUUGAACCUUAUCCCAUCCACAAGGCUGGUGGUCAGCCUUAUGCAAUUCCAGAAACCAACGAAAAUCCCGCAAUGCCAACCAGUGACAACGAAAUUACUGCGGAAGAGAAGAUCUUUGCUUCGGUGGACCCAGAAAAGCAGUUGGAGGUGUUGAAGUUCGUUGUGUCACACUCUUUCAUGACGGAUCAAGUUCAACCUGUUCGACGUUCGGCCAGGCGAGAAUUUACUGGCCAAGUUCGCGGCAUCGCCGCGGAGGUUGGAAUGAAUGACACUGCUAUCAACUCUUUGAUUGACCAUGUUCGAAAAACCUACCUUGAGGACCGUGGAAUCGUGGCAGCUGAUAAUGCUGGCUCUGCAUUCGGGGAUGAAGUGGACAGCACAGAAGAAAUUCACACCAAGAGCGCGCAACGAAAACGGCGUAAGAGCAGCUCGGAUCAACCCGAGGACAAAGAGCACAAGAAAAGCAAGAGACGUCACUCGGAUAAGACAAGACGGCGCAGCCAUGAUGCUAUGCAACACGAUGAGCCAACUAAGGCUUCAGAAGUUCUUGUCCCAGAUGUUCCUUCUAAUAGCCAGGGUAAUGGAAACACUGAGCCACAAGGACCGAAACAAAUGGACCACACGCCGGAUCCACCAAAAAUGCCCAUGAACAUCAUUCGGGGUAGCCCCAGUACACCCAUCGGCCUCUCCGACUCUCCCCCUUAUGACGAGUUCGUGCUUGGAGCUGAUUGGGUUCCAUUCCAAAACCGAAGCGUUGGCUCCAUCAGAGGGCUCACGGAUCUCGAGGAGAGCUACAAAAAGGUUCUUACACCUCACUUGUCACCUAACUUCCGGCAAGAGGUGAUUCCUGAGAGCCCGUUACCUGAUAAAGUGGUAGAAGAAAUGCACUCGAAACGUCGCGAACCAGGCAAAGCAUCACAGCGAGAAAAGAACAAGCGCAAGCGCGAACGAAGAAGGGAGCGCAACAAAAAUCGACUGAACUUUAGUGAACCGAAACAAGGUGAUUCCACUGGCGGGGCAGAGAAAAAGCCCCAGGGCGCCUCCGUUGAUCGAGCAGACCAAGGCCAACUUCCACCUUCUAUUCCGCAACAAACCCCAUUGGGAAGCCCCAAUGAAAGGAGACGGAGCCCCAGUGUGAUUCCAAGUGAUGAGGUUCAAUCUAAGUACUUCUUAAGAGCCGGCCAUCUCGAAGUUGGCUCGAAAAACAAGCGGGAACCGGAUUCCUCGCUGCACGAUUUGUCUAUCCCCCCCCAAACCCGACAGCUGUUGAAAGAUUUGAAUCUGCCCCUGGACUUUUUGUCGUCAGAUUCUUCCUUGAGUGAUGCGCCGAGCGAUUUUGAUUUCGAUCCCGAUUGGGAUGAUCUUGAUAGUCCCCUGUUGUGCAUUCAGAUCAAGAUCUCAUCCCCAGACAGCCCCUAUUUUGUCCCUCAAUCUACAACCCUUGAGCGUCGAACGCCGGUGAAAUCCACCUCUUUUAUCAACCCAGAACUCGUUAAAAUCCCUCAAGCCAAACCCCUGAAGCAUUCUCCUUAUUUCCCACGUGUGCUAGUUGAUCCUGACUCUUGCCUCCCGUUUCCCCCCAUUGACGCGCCUUCUUUCGGGCUCGUCCAGGAACAGCUUGCACAUGACCCCUUUCGUUUACUCAUUGCAACAAUUUUUCUCAAUCGAACCCGUGGGGGUGUUGCCCUACCGGUCUUGUUCAAGGUUUUUGAACGAUACCCUACGAUCGAGGCGAUGGCAGAAGCAGACCUACCGGAACUGGUGUCGAUGAUAAACUGCUUAGGCUUUCAGAACCAACGUGCGAGGAAAUGUAUCACGUUGGCCCAAACCUGGCUAUUGGACCGCCCGAAUAAAGGCAAAAGAUAUCGCAAGCUCCACUACCCACAAAGAUUGGACGGUCGAAACAUUGGUCGUGAAGACUGCAUUGACGAAGAAGAUAUGCGGGUCGCAUGGGAGAUCGCACACUUACCUGGAGUUGGAGCAUAUUCCCUUGACAGCUGGAGGAUCUUCUGUCGCGAUCAGUUGCGAGGGAAAGCCUCCGACUGGAAAGGCACGGAAGCGACAGAGGUUGGGUUUGUACCUGAAUGGAAGUGCGUUCUACCACAUGACAAGGAGCUACGUGCUUAUCUUACAUGGAUGUGGCUGAAAGAAGGAUGGAUUUGGGAUUACAACACGGGUGAUCUGACACUUGCAAGCGACAAGAUGAUGAGAGCUGCGCAGAGUGGAGGGAUUGCCCAUGAAGAAGAGGGGAAUUGGGUACUAGAGACCUCCCCUGUCAAGGCUGUGAAUGAUUUGCAUGAAUCAGAUUGA